AGGGAGGGGGGGGGCUCAGAGGGAGAGAUCCUCCCUCAGUUUCCACGGUGACGGCAUCCCUCCUCCAUCAUCUCUCCGUCCGGCUGCUGUCGGCUCGUUGGCGUCGUCAGGAUGGGAGAUAAAGGAACGAGAGUGUUUAAGAAAGCCAGUCCCAAUGGAAAGCUCACCGUCUAUCUGGGGAAGAGAGACUUUGUGGACCACGUGGAUCUGGUGGAGCCUGUCGACGGCGUCAUCCUGAUCGACCCGGAGUACCUGAAGGAGCGGAAAGUGUUUGUGACUCUGACUUGUGCGUUCCGUUAUGGUCGGGAGGACCUGGACGUCCUCGGGUUGACGUUUCGGAAAGACCUGUUUGUGGCGAACAUCCAGGCAUUUCCUCCGCUGCCCGAAGAGAAGAAGAGUCUGACUCGUCUUCAGGAACGCCUGAUUAAGAAACUGGGAGAACACGCCCACCCGUUCACCUUCGAGAUCCCUCUGAACCUGCCGUGCUCCGUCACCCUGCAGCCGGGCCCCGAGGACACCGGGAAGGCCUGCGGAGUCGACUUCGAGGUGAAAACCUUCUGUGCAGAAAGUGCUGAAGAAAAGAUCCACAAAAGGAACUCGGUGCGUCUGGUGAUCCGGAAGGUGCAGUACGCUCCGGAGAAACCCGGUCCUCAGCCGACUGCAGAAACCACCCGACAGUUCCUGAUGUCAGACAAACCUCUGCACCUGGAGGCGUCUCUGGACAAAGAGAUUUAUUACCACGGAGAGCCGAUCAGCGUCAACGUCCACGUCACCAACAACACCAACAAGACGGUGAAGAAGAUGAAGAUCUCAGUGCGACAGUACGCAGACAUCUGUCUCUUCAACACGGCUCAGUACAAAUGUCCGGUGGCCACCGAGGAGUCAGAUGACGUCGUCGCUCCGAGUUCGACCUUCUGCAAAGUUUUCACCCUCACCCCGUUUCUGGCCAACAACCGAGAGAAACGAGGCCUCGCUCUGGACGGGAAGCUGAAGCACGAGGACACCAACCUGGCCUCCAGCACGCUGUUAAGAGAAGGAGCCAAUAAGGAGAUCCUCGGCAUCAUCGUGUCGUACAAAGUCAAAGUGAAGCUGGUCGUGUCUCGAGGCGGGCUCCUGGGAGAUCUGGCGGCGAGUGACGUCUCUGUUGAGCUGCCGUUCACAUUAAUGCACCCGAAGCCGUUAGAAGAAUCCAUCUACAGAGACGCUCCAGAUGAAGCUCCGAUCGACACAAACCUGAUCGAGUUUGACACAAACGACGAUGACAUUAUCUUCGAAGACUUCGCCCGCCAGCGGCUGAUUGGUGGAGCGAAGGACGACAAGGAUGAAGACGAGGAGCCGGUGGACUCGCCCAAACUGGACGACAGAUAAAGGCUGCGAGCGUCGCCGCCGCCACCGCUGCUGUUUGUAGUGUGGAGCUGACGGAGGUCAAACCACAGUCUGGACCCUUUAAAACACUCGUUCAUGUUCGUCCCCUCUGCGUCCUGCCGGGGUGUAAAAAGCUAGAAUACUGCAGCCUAGACGUCAGUCGUGUUUUCAGACGGAGCAGCUCGGCUGGCCGGAGAGUUGAACCGGCGGCCGCGGCGUCGUAACGAUGGCUGGUAGCAUGCCUCUAAUGUCACUUUGUUCUACGUGUUUCCAUUAGGGAGCGACCAGGAGUAACGUUGUGUUGAGAUUAGUUUCGAUGUGUCGUAUCAGAGGGUCUUCUGGAACAGUUCACCACUCGACGUGGACGUCAGCUGACGGAGGUCUUUGUAACGGUCAGUCUGCACGUUAACCUGAAGAAACACCAGAAGAAGAAGUUUUCUGCAGGAUGUCCCGACCUGCAGAAAAGGACCUGAGACUGUCAGAGAGCCACCAAUCAGCUGAAAGGAACUCGUGGCCUACUUUGCAUGAAAUACAUCAAUACUUUAUGGUUUAUUAAUAUCAUGAAUAAUCAGCCUUUAUAGGAGACGCCCGGAUUACAGGAGUGUACAAACCUUUGUUUACAAAUUGAGCAUUUUCCAAAUCUUCAUGAGUAUUUAGAUCAACGUCCUUCCUUUAACUAAGCAGCUGCUUUCACUUCUAUAAAAAUCUACUUUCAAGAGACGACGAAGUUCAGUCAAGGACGAAAUGUGUACAGAAGCUGGCGUCAAGUGUGACCUUGUACACUUACAUACUUAGACAAAGUUGUCGUACGGCUGCUUGUGUUUGAACAUAUUUGACAAUUUAGGGAUUGUGUGAAAAAACAUGUUUAUAAAAGUAUUUGUUUUAGAACUCUGGGAUCUACGACGACGUAUAGAUAAGGGCCAUUACAGGAAAAAAAAAAAAAAGAUAACGGAGCGAAGGGAAGGGGGUGAUAUUCAGAGGAAAAACGCCUUCCGAGAUUAAAGGCUUCAAAUAAAAUAAAAAAUAUGAUUUACAAGAAAAUAUUAUAGAAUAUUCCCAGAAUCAAAAGUCAUACAUUUACUCAACAACAAACUUGGACAAUCUUUGAGAUUAAAGCUGUAAAUCUUCAAGAAAAAACCUCCCCGGCUCCGUAAUUUAUUUAUUUUGACCUACAAUGGCGUCAGUAUCUUAACUAAUGUCAAACAUUAUUAAAACAAUCAUACAUGUGAAUUUAAUCUCCCAAAUCCUCCCAAGUCUCUGAUGUCCUUAAACGCACCUACAGGGAGGGAAGUCAAAGGAAGGAAAAGUAUAAAACAGGAAGUGUUAUUGUCAUUGUGGUCCUUUAAUGAACAUAUUAUUCACGUGAAGCCUCGCGAGACUCGAUGAGAUUAAUACUGUGUGUAAUUACUGAACUUUUAUUUUACAAAAACAUUUUUAAUUUGGACAUUCAAAGUAAAACAGCGACUGAAAAGUCCGUCCUGUGAACAGAGUCGAUGUACAGUUACUGUGUGUGCGUGUGCGUGCGUGCGUGUGCGUGAGUGUGUGUGUGUGUGUGUGUCUCUUCAGAUGAAAGACUGAAUGAACUACAACAUGAAGGUUAAAAAUAAAAUAAAAACAAACAUCUUUAUUAUUUCAAAAUAAGAUUUAAUUGGCUUUUAUUUUGAAAGGGUCAGGAGGAAACCUGUAUAUUCCACUUCAUCUUUAAUAAAAAGGAAGUUUGUGGCAA